GCAAGGAAUAUUUUAACACGUGGGGAAAUGAUUCAGUGUGUGCCAAAUUCGCUUAUUCGAUCUGUCCACGAUUCUAGUGGUGAUCAGCAGCAAGAUGCUAUGUUGCUAUGCUUAGAAGAACAUGGCCGUCGCUUAGAAAGUGGCAUUAUCAAAGUUUGUGAACGAAAGAAUAUCAAAAGUAUCAGUCUGUUUCCAGAGGUUCCUCCCUUAUGUUCUGUAGCAGUAACCAAUGGUGUUCAGAUUCAUGCCUCUGCCGUCCUUGUUCCAGAGUUUGUUAACUCUCAAGACCAUUUCAGGAAGUACUUGUUUGCUUAUUCAAUCCGCAUGUCUCUCCAGCCUGAAGGUUGUAUCAUUAAUGGAAUGACCUUUGACUCCUGCCAACUUUAUUGGAGACACUUGCUCAUCCGUUCUAAUGAUGAUAUAAUAUCUAAUGUUGAUGGAGAGGCCAUGAGAAGAAAGUACCUCCUGCGGCCAGGUGAGGGAGUAUUUGUUUAUGAAAGCUUCACACUUCUACCAGCUUCCUCAAUCUCAGGUUCUGCCGAAGGUUAUUUCAAAUUUGUCCCUGGCAGAUUGGCAGACCGAAAAGGUGGCCUGUUUGAAGUUCAAGUGGCAAGGUUCCCCGUAGAGUGUGUUCCAAAUUUGCUCAUUCGAUCCAUGCAUGAAUCCAGUGGGGAUCAAUGUCAGGAUGCCAUGCUGCUAUGGUUAGAAGAACAUGGCUGCCGCUUGGAAAGUGACAUUAUCAGAGUUCGUGAACAAGAAAAUAUCAGUGGCAUCAGCCUUUUUCUGAAGUUUCCUCCCUUUUAUGUUCAGUAGCAGUGAUAAAGGGUGUUCAGAUUUGUGUGUCUGCUGUCUUUGUUCCAGAAUUCACCUCCCUUCACCUUCAAGACAACUUUGAGAGGAAUGUUUUUGCUUAUUCAAUCUGCAUGUCUCUCCUUCCUAAAGGUUGUGUAAUCAAUGGAGUGACCUUCAAUUCCUGCUAACUUUAUUGGAGACACUGGCUCAUUUGUUAUGAUGCUAUAGUAUCCGAUUUUUAUGGAGAGGCAUUGAUAGGAAAGAAGCCCAUAAAGGAACUGAUAAUGAACAUCUCUGUUAAUCAGUAGGAGAAGACUUUUCUGAGCUUGACUUUCUGUUUACGUUUUUCCUUGAUUCCCAGAUUGCUUGUCUUAAAUCAUAUGCAAAAUGAUACCUUGCUUCUGUAUUUGAAUAGUUGUGGCGUUUGAAUGCCUUAAAUAAAUCGUAGUACUCAAU